CACACAAACAAACAAAACAUGAAACAUUAUAGUUUAACGCGAUUCGAUGCAAAAACAAAAACAAUAUCCAUAGAAAUAGUCCAGUUGCAUUAAUUUGUAAAUAAAUUCUAAGAUUUUUCGAUUCAUUACUGUACUAACCUUUUAAUAUUUUAAUAAAGAAAAUUUAGAAUAGCAUUGCAUUGUGCAUUCAUUGUGCUCGAGUCCGAUUGGAUCGAAGGAUAAUCAAGGGCAAUUUAUGGUUUGCAUUUUUCCCUCCAAAAUUGUGUAUAGGGUAUAUGAUUCAUAGACACUCAAACAGAAAGAGAAAGCGAAAUUCAUGCUGCGGCCACUGAUGUCGCCACUUGUAUCGAAUGCUACAUUCGUUCACAAGUUCAGUUAUACCAUGCGCAUUACAAUACCAUAAAAAGCCGUGUAGCGAAAACUCAGUGUCAAACAUAAACACACUCGCACAUUCAGUCACCUGUUUGAAGCUUAGGAGCAAAGAACUCUCUCAAUUUAAGAACGUACGUUCUUAAACGGUUUGAUUUCUCAAAUUCAGUGUGUCUCAUCAAACCUAAUCCGAAUAAGUUCUUUUUUAAUAAAAAAAAAUACGUCGUAACGAAAUGCCACCGCCUAGAAAAAAUCCACCGCUACAGAAUUUUUCCAAACCAGAAAAAACCCCGCUGCAAACGCUCAUGUUUUUGGGCAUUUCGAGAGACAGAGCUGAAAAGGCUUUAGCAGCCACGGGCAAUGGAUGUUCAAAGAAAGCGAUGAACUGGCUUGUGUCUCAUGUGAAUGAUCCACGAUUGGAUGAGAACAUUUUACGCGAAUACACGUUGUUAGCUAUGCCGGUCGGAGCAUUUGGCGAGCAGCUAUUGACUUUCUGGAAUGAUUCACGUGACCUUUGCAAUUGGAACGAUGCACACAAUCGAUUUCCGCAUAUGACAUUGGUGUCAUUUUUCAAGGCUUCCGCCGAUAUGGAGCCGCACAUCACAAAAUCGGUAAAGGCUGUGGUCAACACACUCAACGCAUACAUAGAGAAACGAAUCGAUUUGAAAUUGCAUCAGGAUGAGGAAUUCAUUGGGUUCUACAUCAAUCCGCCUGACAAAAAGUUUUUCGAAAACAUUGCAACAACAUUCGUCGAUGCUGUCAGAACGAUUGAGAGCAAAGAAAGUAAAGACAACAUUGAAGACUAUAAUCAAGCAUCGGCAUUAAUGGCUUGCUGUCCGUGGUGCACCAGAUCGCAUUCACCGAAGCGGAGUGCUCCCGUCGAGACAAGAGGGUCAAUCGACGUGGACUGCGAAGAGAAACCAGCACAAUUGCAUUUGAAAUUGGCCUACAGAUACGACAAAAUGGAUUCGAUAACGCUGUCUAGUUUGCUUGACCGAUUCGAAUACGUUGAUGCAUCAGCAUGGGAACUGCGAUUGUACUCACGCGAUGCUCGCAUUGAACAAAACCAGGUAUUCAGAGUAAUGACAAAUUACCGCGCACAAGUUCACGAUGAACUGAAUAUAAACAUUGGCGACUACGUUUCGGCCACAGAAACUGCCGUGAGCAAUGGCGAUGAAGAAGGAUGGAUUUAUGGUGCGUCACUAACAACGGGUACCUCAGGCUAUUUCCCAUCGGAUCAUGUGUUGAGAGCACCCGAGUCCGAAGCAUGGAGUUUGCACACACGACUUCAGUUCGUCGGUUCGGGCAAGGGCCGUUUACAGAAUGACGAACCAUUAGUGAAUAACAUGCGUCAGCCAGAAGCUUCGCUGGAAGAUUGUGCCAGAGCGGCAAUCGAUUCUUCGCGAAAAACCAUUCCAUGGAAACCGACAAUAGGAAAGUUACUCGAACGUCCAAACGAUAGUCAGAAAUUGCUGAUAAUGCGACAUGCAGAACGUGUAGACUACUCGUUUCCGAAAUGGACGGAUCAGUGUUUUUCGGAAGCUUUUGGCUAUGAACGGUUAGAUUUGAAUCUGCCACUUGUUCUGCCCGAGAGAAGAGACGGUGAAUACCGUUAUCCGUGGAAGUUUGAUUCACCGAUAACGAACAUGGGUGUUAAUCAAGCAUUCUUGACGGGCCAAAUGCUAAAGGAACAAGGUGUUUCAAUUGGUUUUGUCUAUUGUUCACCAGCAUUCCGAUGCAUUCAAACCGCACAGGCAGUACUACAAGGGUUACAGACGCCUGCUGAGGUAAAAAUCAGAGUAGAACCGGCAUUGUUCGAGUGGUGCGCCUACUACACGGAAAUUCCACAAUUCCUAACGGUCCAGGAACUUGAGAUCGCUGGAUAUAACAUCGAUGUAGGCUACGUACCACUUUUGUCUUAUGAAGACUUGAAGUAUAAGCAACGAGGUGAGAAUCUUGAUACGUUUUAUCAACGAAACCACCGAGUAUCCGACUACGCGGUCAAACGUUCCAGCGAAAACAUACUAAUUGUUGCGCAUGCUGCCAAUUUGGAGACCAAUAGCCGACUCUUGCUGGAAGGACGACCGAUGGCCUUACGGAACAUACGAGAGCUAAUGGAAAAGAUUCCUUACGCUAGUAUACUAGCACUCGAGAAAAACGAAUAUUUAGGCAAAUGGGUCGUGGCAAAGCCUAUUGUUCUGCCUCUAACACAUAGCCGAAACUUUCAGUUUGAUUCGCGCGUAUUCACUGAUCUACAUCGACCAACUGCUCCUCGUCAAAUUUGAGAUGUCGUUCAGAAAUAAUAUAAAACAUAUUUAACAACAAAUUUGUAUGAUCAUGUAUGAUUUCGUGAAAAAGUUCGAAUUCUAGGGGGAAAACACAUUCAAAUAUUCACACAUAUUCGGAACUCCAAAUGCAAGUCUUGACUUACCAUAAGCCAUUUAUUCAACACAAAAAUGGUUUCCACAGAAAUCACUGGAUAGCCAUCUAGCACAGCUACGAAAUGCAAGUUCUGUAUUGUGUGAAUAUUCCUCAUUUUCACAACAUUAUGAAAGUGUUUGUUUCCCCUAGAUUGAUUUAUCAUUCGAAGUUGUUUAAUCCACUGGCUAACGUGUUGGUUGCCCUUUUUCAGUUUUUUCGCUAAAAUUCGAAUCAACCGUUACGCUGCGAUGAUUUCAUGAAAAUUUUUGUUCGAAGAAUAUUAACUGCAUGAUAGUUUAUUCGCGCUAGAGACGGCGAUUGAUAGUUUCGCAUAACUGUAUGAUUUCUAGCAAAAUGUUUUCGAAGAAUUUUUAUUAACGAAUUCAACUAUUUUUAUCACGAAUGAUAUUUUCACUGAAUACGCAUAUAAACGAACAGCAUAUUCGUAUAGAGAUUCGUAAUUAGUUCAAAUUUAUGCUCGAAAAAAGAAAUAUUAAAUGAAACAAUCGUAGAAAAACCCACUAUCAAAACGAAAACCAAUCCCAUCGUAUCCCAUCACUGUUCUCAGAAAACAAAUAUAUUUUGUAAUCGAUUAAAUGAAUUUGUAGUCAGAUCUAUAACAAAGAAAGAAACAAUUUAGAAAUCUAUUUAAAGACACAAAAUACACCAAUAAAAGUGAACCUUCUUUGUUAAGUUUAUAUAUGAAAGCCAGAAAAAAAUAGAAGAAUAAAAAAGAACAAUAAAUAUCAAUAGAUUCGAAAUAAAAAAAAAA